UUGCAGAAGGCGAGGGAAGUGUGUGUGUGUCUGUUUGUGUGCGUGUGUUAAAGGGGGGGUGAAAGGGGAACAGGAGGAGGGGGGCUGAGAAGAGAUAGAAAAAAAAAAUCAGAAGAGGCAGAGAGAGAAGGAGAGAGAGAAGGAGAGACAGAGUGCGAGAGAGAGAAGCAAGAGGGGGAGUUGCUAGAGAUUCCCAUUCCCCAUAUACGACUGGAUGCUUCACUCUUCUCCAUCCCUUGCUUCCCAUCGCUGAGAGAGAGAGAGUGAAGGGGGGAUACAGCAAGGAGGGAGGGAGGGGGGAAGGGGUUAAGGAGGAGAGAAGAACACCGAGCGAAGAAGAGGAAGAAUCAAGCAAGGAGCAGAAGAAGGACAGCCGAGACCGAGGAGGAAAAAAUCAAAAUGAAGGCACCACUUCAGAGGGUGAGCCUGGCCAGCCUGGGCAUCGUGAUGCUGGCACAAGUCCUCUUUGUACAGUGCACAGAGUUCGUCCCUCCAGCUGAUAAUUACACCGUGAGUCAAGGGGAUAACGCCACUCUUAGUUGUUUAAUCGAUGACAAAGUGACGCGAGUGGCCUGGUUGAAUCGGUCCAACAUCCUUUAUGCCGGCAAAGACAAGUGGUCCAUAGACUCACGUGUGCAGCUCCUGACCAACACCAAGUCCGAGUAUAGUAUUGUUAUCACCCACGUCGAUGUUGCCGAUGAAGGUCUAUAUACCUGCUCCUUCCAGACUGAGGAUAAGCCCCACACCUCCCAAGUCUAUCUCAUCGUACAAGUUCCAGCGAAAAUAGUCAACAUCUCAUCUAGUGUAACCGUUAAUGAAGGCAGCAACGUGAAUCUCCAGUGCUUGGCCGUGGGGAAACCUGAACCAACCAUAACCUGGCAGCAGCUAUCAGAGGGCUUCUCCAGUGAAGGCGAGCUCUUGGAGAUCACUGAGAUAAACCGGCAGCAGGCGGGGGACUACGAGUGCGUCACCUCCAAUGGAGUGUCCGUCCCUGACACCAAGAAGGUGCAGAUCACUGUCAACUAUCCACCCUACAUCACAGACGUGAAGAACGCCCAGUCGCCGGUAGGCAGACCCGCAACGCUGCGCUGCAAAGCAAUGGCCGUGCCUCCCGCUGAGUUUGAGUGGUACAAGGACGAGAAACGCCGGCUGAUCUCCGGGACGGAGGGACUGAGCAUUAAGACUGAAAGCAGUUGGUCGGUGAUCGUGUUUUCAAAUGUCACCUCAAGGCAUUAUGGGAAUUACACUUGCUUGGCAUCCAAUAAACUUGGCUCAUUUAACAGCAGCUUGCGACUGCUCAAACCCGGUGAUCCUCUCAAUCAAGGUGCGACCCAUAUGGUAUCGCCACUACUGCUUGGCUUACUUUCCUCUACGUUAAUCCCCCUCCUACGUACAGUCUAAAAAAAAAAAAACAAUUCCAGAAAGGGUUCCCACGACGAGCAGAAGGAAACAAACAAAAAAACAAAAAAUGACACAAAAAAAAAUACAAUAAAAAAUACAAAAAAAAUAUCUUUUUAGAAGAAGUCUCGACACUGUGAGGGAACGAUUUAUGCAUUUCUAAACCACAUCAUUGACUUGCUGCGCCUUCUUACCAGACACAGACAGGGAUUUACUGAGGGAAUACAAAGAGAACUGACGAAGGCAAAUGAAACAGAAUGAAGAAGACAACGUACGACCAGGACCUAAAAAGGAGGUUGAACCUCAUGAGCAAAUAUAAGACAGAAGGCUGUUAUUAAUAUUUAAACCAUAUUCAGUGUCUUCUCCGCUGAAUGCAGUUCCCUCUGCACCUUAAACCACUCAUUAAGGGAUCUUGGAGAACCCAAGAAACAAAAUGUCAAUGUUUGGAGACCUCCUCACUCAACCUUCUCCCCCUCCUCGUCACUGUCACCGUUGCUGUACAAAUUUUCCCCCCCCCCGACGCCCUAUCCUUUUACAAAGCCAACACCGGUAAUUCCGUUCUAGUAGAUGCCGAUUCCGUACUAUGAAUGCCAACUGUCCCUAGACUUCCAACGAAGACAUCGGUCAAUGUUCUCCAACGUUCUCCAGCAUGUAUCUAGCAUGAAGGAGGCAUUGACAGAAGAUAAACAGGGUGCAGAGAGACAUGUUAUGUUGACUUUAUUUUUGGAUUAUACCUUCCUUAUCAAUUUACUGGGCACACCCACCUUAGAUUGGACUUAUACCUUUGUGAGAAUUUAGGUUGUUCCAUUUCUGUACUCACAUGUCGGUUUUUCUCCAAAGCACAUACACUGCACUUCUGGAUGUUGGCAGAACUGGAAGGGACUUGGCACGGCAAAAGCAUUUGGAGACUUACAACUGUUGUUUGAACAACACGAUGGGUAACUGUACCGAGGAACCUAUACCCACCAUAUCAAAGACAACAGAUAAUGGAAGCAUAUAGAAUAUGACGUCUUUAGAAAUACAUUCGGAUUUAUCAGGGAUAGUCACAAUCCCUAAAACUUUACAGUCCCAUACGCCUGUCCUUCAUCACCAGUGUCUGUGACAUUUUCGUGGGUAUUAUACAGACCCCCCCCCCCGUUCCCCCUUUCGUAGCCAAGAAAGACGGGAAGCACGGGGCCUUGAGUAUUGUCUGACUGUUAGCUGUCUGUCUGCAUGGUCCUAUCACUGAUUGCAAGCCCCGGGCUCAUGGUUAUUCAUUGCAUUAUUUUUGACAUGGGAAACUCAGACCUCUCAGGGUUGUAAUGUUGUAGUGUGUGAAAAAUGGAAGGGGCUGAGAUUAGCGGAAAUUAAAAAUGCUUCCAUCACCCGACAAGUGCUCCACAACGUCUAUAAUAACCCAUAGACCCCACCAGAAGCUGCCAACUAUUGAACGUUCAUGCUGGUCUUUCCACCACGGCUGGUCUUUCCACCAACUUUGUCUUUGUCCUUGGUCGUCUGUUUGUCCGUUUAUAUCAGAUACUCAUGGGGGGCCUGACACGGGGUCCCUACCAGAGCUUCCAAGCUGUGCGUCCGAGCAAUGCAUUCUGCCAUUUCACCCGUCUUGUAGGGGUUUUUUCGCGUUUAUGUUUGGGGGGCACUUUACGGCUCAUCACAGGAGAAUCCAAGGCAUUUUGAUUUUCUUUUCCUUUUUUUUUUUUUGCAAAACGAAAGAUAAAAUACUUGUGAAUAUUGGCGAACAAAUGUAAAAAGUGUUAUAAUAUAAGAGAGAUACAAACUCUACCAAGGGCUUGAGUGCUAAUUUCCACACGCAGAAACGAGUGUAUGAUGUUCCUCUCUGGGAUUUAUAGUCGGUCCCCGCUCACACCAGGAAUCAAUAGCUUCAUAAUAAUAAAAAAAAAUCUAAUUGUUAUUGAGAAUUCCCUCCACGCACCCCUAUUGAUCACUCAGGUUAUGGUAUCUAUAAAACAAUGUGGCUGAAACGUACUCAUAAAUCUACUCUUUGAUCUUCAGCUGUUUUCUCAUUGCCUCCAUGCCGGGGAAGCCAAGUCUUGUUUACAGGUUUAUUUUCUUUUUUCUUUUUUUAACUGAUUUUAUUUCUGUUAUUAAAAAUCACUUUUACCUUU